AUGGAAGGGGAAGCUACGGCUGACUGCUACUGCGGUCAAAUCGAUUGUUGCAUUCCCCCGUUUUUACACGAUGAUACGACUUGGCGACGGAGAGAACGAAACGACCAGCACACGAUAACAAUGCUUUUCCUUCUUCUCCCUUCCAUCGCCCUCCGUUCCGGGCCAGUGCCGCCUUGA